AUGACCACAGAGACGGUCUCCAAGUUGGCAAUGGACUUGAACACAGGAGAGGCAGCGCCAGAGGAAAGACUCGGGAGGGAACACAAAACUCAGUACUUAGAGGUAAUAAGGUGUUUGGACUUCAUUAAUGUGAUGACCUAUGACUUCCACGGCUCAUGGGAAAGUGUCACCGGGCACAACAGUCCUCUGUACCGUGGCUCUGGAUACAAAGGAGACAACAUCUACUAUAAUACUGAUUUUGCAAUGAGAUACUGGAGAGAUCAGGGUGCUCCUGUGGAGAAGCUGAGGAUGGGCUUUGCAACAUAUGGAAGAACAUUUCGCCUGUCUGCUCUGUCUGGAGCCAGUGGAGCUGGAGCUCCAGCUAGUGGUCCUGGAUCAGCUGGAAAAUACACCAGAGAGGCUGGAUUCUGGUCAUAUUAUGAGGUCUGUACUUUUCUUCAAGGAACCACUGUGAAAUGGAUUGAUGAUAAGAAAGUUCCUUAUGCAACAAAAGGACUUGAAUGGGUGGGAUUCGACAACAAGGAAAGCUUUGAGACUAAGGUGAACUACCUAAAGGAGAACAGGUUUGGAGGAGCUUUCGUCUGGGCUCUGGAUCUUGAUGACUUUACAGGACAGUUCUGUGAGCAGGGCAAAUACCCUCUCAUUGGACAUCUCAGCACACUUCUUAAUAUAGAUUUCCCACCUGUCUCAACAGCAACAGCAUCCGCUGUAUCUCAUGCCACAAUACCUCAUGUUGUCCCGACAGUUCCCUCAGAGUUCUGUGUUGCCAAAACGGAUGGGUCAUACGUAAACCCAGAUGACCCGACGACUUUCAUUCAGUGUUCUAAUGGCAUGCCCAUUAAAAUGGAUUGUUCUGUUGGGACCGUCUUCACUCCCGACUGCUUGUGCUGUGAUUGGCCUAAGAAUUAACCUCAUGUUGUCCCUGUUCCACUCCUGCAAGGGAAAUGUAUAUAACUUUGGCAGGUUUUUGCAAUACUAUUUGGCAUUAGAAAUGGCAUAAUACUUUCACACUUUACCUUUACGUUUUCUGUUGUUUUU